AUGGCUUCGACUCACAUCAUGCUGACUCGUGCAAUGGCAGCCGGCAUCGUAGCCCAGGGCGUCUUGGUUGCCGGGGCGAAUCUUUCACCUGUCGAUACCUUUUACCCUCCUGGACUCAAUAGCACUUCGUACAUCACCAGCAGCGGACUGGGCACAUAUGGAGGCAUCUACACAGCCCCUGCCAACGAGGCCUCACAGGGCUCGCCGUAUGGAGUGUACGACUAUUGCUCCAUGCCACACCCACGCGUGAACGGCUAUGAGUUGCCCAGUGAUCGUCAUGCCAAGCUGGUGUACUUGGAGUAUAUGCAGAGGCAUCAGAGACGUACCAUGUAUAACUUGGCCCCAGGCGGAGAGAAUCAACCGUUUGAUUGCUCAUCCUUUGAGGCCUACUUAUACGGCAGCCAAGCCCACGGUGCCAACGGCGUCCAAGCCUUUGCAAGCGUUUACACCGACCCGAGCAACCCUUUCGUAGAUGCUCUGCCGUACAUCAACUCAACUUGCUUUUUCCCUCAGUUGACCACUGGCGGCUUCCUCGACGGCAUCCAGCACGGCAAAGAUCUGUGGGCCUUGUAUGGCGAAAAGCUUGGCCUCAUCCCAAGUUCCCCCAACAAUAAAGUAUGGCUACGUUCGAGCUCCGCUACUCUUACCCAGCAGAGCGCUGGAGGUGUAUUGCGCGGCCUCUGGCCUCAUUACUCUGGUUCUGCGCCUCUUCACCAGCAAGCAGGUGUUGAUACUGUCAACAGCGGAUAUCCUUGCAAUGCCAGAAGCUCUAUUCUCUCAUCAAUUCAGUCUACCGAUGAAUGGAACGAGCAUCUCAGCGUCACCGCCGAGCUGAGGCAAUCGCUAGGAGACAUCCUCGGCGCCACCAGCAGCGCCUGGCAGAGCACAUUUGACCACUUUUCCGAUAACUUUCAGGCUCGCCUCUGCAACGGAUAUGAGCUCCCAUGCAGCUUUACCGACGCGUCCAAGUGCGUUUCUCAACAACAAGCCGAAGAAGUUUUCCGUGCAGGCGAUUGGGAGUGGAAUCAUUACUGGCGCAACAAUAGCUUGGUAACAAAAUACAUCCAAGUCACCGAAGGCCUCUUCAUUGGCGAAAUUGUUCGUCGUCUGCAGGCUGUAUCGGGCAAGACGCAGAAAUACGUCUACGCGCACACGUUCAUCCACGAUGGUGACAUUGGUCCCAUUUUAGGCGCUCUCGGGAUCGACCAGCUGAGGUGGCCUGCCAUGGCGUCCAACAUUGCAAUUGAAGUUUGGGAGACGACUGUCCAACAGAAGAAGGCUUACUAUGCUCGUGUGCUCUACUCGGGGCACACUUUGCGCAGUAUUCAUGGCAAUAUGGACUGGAUACCGCUGAACCAGUUGAUUGACAUUCUUCAAGUCUACGUGCCAGAGAAUAUUGUUGCGCUUUGUAAUUCGUAG